AUGCAACAUAAAUCCUUAUCAUGCUCCCAGUAUCCCACGAUCUCAGAACGUCGCACAGCAAUGCAAGAACGCAAGCUAUGCCUGAAUUGUGGGAAAUCAGGACAUUUCGCAACACAGUGCAAGAGCCAAGGAUGUAGAAAUUGUAAAGGGACUCGUCAUCACCAUACCCUCUGUCCACAAUUGGAAAUAGCGGAAGAAAUCCGGGAAAAUCUAUAUGUAGACAACUUGAUUUUGGCAGGAAACUCCGAAAAGGAAGUGCAUGAAAAAGCACUCGAAUCA